AUGGCCUCGGAUCGAGCUGUGUCCAUCGUCGUGGUUGACAUAUCACCAAAUUUCCUUCUUGAACACCCCCCGGGCACGGGCCAGCGAGUGAGGGCCAGGAGGGGCUUGCUCGACAGGAUCUCGGGUCAGUUGUUCGCUGCUUGGCGGGAUAUGGCCAAUGGCAACGUUUGCUCCUAUUGCUUCCGUGUCGACCAAACCCGACUCGCGGAGCAUGCAAAUGCCGGUCAGGAGGUACACGCGGAUUUCUUCGUCGCAGACGAUUGGAGUCUGGCAGAGGCCCUGUGCACCGUGUUCAUGGGACUCACUCAACUGGAAGUUCAAGAGAGAAAGAACCAUCUUGGCGUGCCGCAGGAGACUAGCGAGCUCAUGGAAACGCUCCAGGGCAUCAUCGAUUGCAUCAGCGAGGAUCCGAAGGAACCCAAAUACGAAGAACUCCGAGAGGCUCUGUCCUGGAAAACCCUACAGAGCGACCAACAGAAUCCUAUUUGGACAUUACACACAUGGCAAGAACCUGCGUGGGAAGGCUUUUGCUGGCAGAAUGAUGUGGCUUUCAUGCGAAGCAAGCCCCCACACCAGCAGGCAUUCAAGAUUUUGCAGCUGGAGGGGGUGAAAGCCGAGCACCGACUGGGUGUGGACGUGGGGAGGGUUUGGCCAGACCUUGAGUUUCCCAAGGGCCAACCUCAUCGGGGGCUGUCCAUCAGUGACAUCAUGUCAUUCAGGAAACAUGUGAAGGGCAAGAUCGCUGAGAAGUGCAAGCAAGAAGUCGAUCGUGUGACAGCAAGAGUUAUCCACGCAAUGUUGACCAGCAUCGAGCACCUGUUGAAAUCUUUGGCCUGCCCUCCUGAGGAGCACCUACUCGCACCCCUGCACAACAUUGAAAUGGCAGAUCCACCACGUUGCAUUCCCAUGACUGCCUUUCGUGAAAGGAGGGAAUUGCUGCAACGUAUUGAAGCCAUGAACAAGGAUGCACAGGACAAAGAUGCCACGCUGUUGAAGCUCCAACAGGAGCGCAGCAGAAUUGGCACAGAACCUAGCAUGCAAUGUGGUGAUGAGGCCAGCUUGAAGGAGAUCAAUGCUCUCUUAAGGAAGCAGCUCUUUGAGUCCGCGCAGGAGGUGGAAAGGGCUGAACAUGUUGCCAACGAAGUACGGAAGCAGCUCACCAUCCUGCAGCAGAGCCAGAACAUCUCAGGAGAGGGGGACUUUCCCCUCAAAUACCAAGCCACGAAGAUGUACCUCGCCAAAGGCGUCGAAUAUUUUCAAAUAUUUAUGAAGCAUUACAACAAGCUGGCCAAGAGCUACGAUGCUUUCUCCUGUCAAAUGGAAUUGGCUCUUGAGAUGGAGUUCAUGCUGCAGACUAUAAACAGAAACGUCCAGGAUCGAUAUGACAACCUGCUGUCCGGCAUGCUCAAUGGCCUGCACAACCUUGAAGACAGACACACUGCCAGCAAAGCCACACAUUCGUUUCUUGCCCUGUACUGUCAGAGGUACUGGAGGCAGCUGUUUCUCGGUACUCAUGCGAAUUCUACGCAAAAACAGCAGCCCGAACUGCACAAGGACAGCAACCCAUUUGCUGCAAACGCUUUCGAGGACUACUGGAACUGUGACAAGCAUAAUACCCUGAUGAAAACUGUGGCAUCGUUGUCCAUCAAGAAGCCACAAAACGAUUCAAAGGGAGAGAUCAUCAAUUGGUUUGAGAGUGCGUUGUGGAAGGCUUUCAAGUGGUUCUGGGAUGCGAGCGUCGUGAUGUUCCUCCAGAGACCUAAGUUACAGUUCUACUUUCGCCUUCAGAAGGGCUCGACCUCUGUUUGCUCUUUCAGUCAGGCUGAACACCAAUUCAUUGACGCUGCAUGCAAAGAAGGCGAGCCCGUGGUCGUUAUCGUACCAGCAGUGUUCGAAGAAUCUGGAACUCCCGAGAUGCGGGAGCUCUCUUGGGUGCUCAAAGUGGAGAAUAGACAGAGGCGUCAGCUGGAAACUUGGCCUGCAUCAACAUUGGACUUUUACGAAUCUGGGCAGUUCGUGUAUCCUCAAAGGCGGCCCACCUGCAAUUCACCGGAUGCAGAUCUUUACGGAGAAGCUGCUAAUGCAAACGCAGCGCCGGGUGGACUGGACAGUUCUGGGGCGAGCGCGCCGCGAAACAACUAUGAUGGAGUCACCACCUUGGUUCCACAGCAGCCAGACCGCCAGUUCAUGAACAAUCCGGCAAACCGAUCAAAUUGCCAGGCAAGACCAGGAAAUUAG